AUGAGCUCUACACCCCUCGCUGCCCGCUCGCCAAACACCCACCUUGCUUCCUCCAACAACGAGCAGGACCUGAAGACUGCGUCAACCACCAUGAACUCAAUGGACCACCACCGCCAGAUCCUCCAGGGAAAGCUAGACAGCCAGGAAAAGCAACAAACAUACGUUUCUCCAUCCGACGACAUCAUGAGCCCCUGCUCAAAGAAACUCAGCGACAUCAAGGGAAAGCGCUUCAAGAAUGCCGGAAAACCCCAAUCGCUGUUCGCCAAGCUGGGCAAGAAGAACUAUGAGCAGUCAUCCGCCGAGAAGGCUCGCAAUUCUACAGAUAGUGCCGAGAAGAGUGCUUGA